UCAGUGCUACAUCAAUGUCACAUAUCAGUGCCUACCAGUGCACAUCAAUGCCACAUAUCUUGCCCAUCUGAGCUGCCUUUUAGUGCCAACUAUCAAUGCCAUGCCAGUCAGUGCCGCCAGUCAGUGCCACCUAUCAAUGCCAUACAUGAGUGCUGCCUUUCAGUGCCCAUCAGUGAUGCCUGUCAAUGCCCAUCAGUGCCACCUACCAGUGCCUCCUCAUCAGUGCCGCCUAUCAGUGCCCAUCAGUGCAGCCUAUCAGUGCCCAUCACUGCAGCCUCAUUAGCGCACAUCAGUGAAGGAGAAACAUUUUAGAACAAAA